CAGACUUUGAACGGUGCACUGGCGCUCAUCACCGCCGCUAAUCUCCCUCUGACCGCCGCCUGUCAUCACCGACUCCCCGCCACCACCGACCGGCUCUCAGCACCCGCCUCCGAGGAUGAGCCGUCGCUUAUAAAAGAGGGAGGCAGGACACCCGAGGGACCCGAGCGGAGAUUAGACGUUGGCUUCGCCGCUUUUACGCGCACGUUUACUCGGGAGUUGCGAUGGUCCAGUCACGGGAUGUUCUUUUAGCCUUGCUUCUCUGGGGCAGCACAGUGUCACUGGAAGUGCAGAUCACACCAAGUCAGGGUGAGAUCAGCCUGGGGGAGUCCAAAUUCUUCAUGUGUGAGGCUGAAGGUGUUGCCAAGCACAUAGACUGGUUUGGACCGAACGGCGACAGGAUAGAACCAAAUAGACCCGACAUAACAGUGACCCGUAACGAUGAGUCAUCCUCCACCCUCACACUGUAUAAAGCUGGGACUGAGAAUGCGGGGACAUACAAGUGUGUCGCUACCAACGGAGACCAGCAAGCGGAGUCAACCGUUAAAGUGAAAAUCUUUCAAAAAAUCACCUUCACGAAUGUUCCCUCACCCCAAGAGUUUACUGAAAGAGACAAUGCCGACAUCGUUUGUGACGUGGUCAGUUCCCCUCCUCCCACUAUCAUCUGGAGAUAUAAAGGAUCAAGAAUACAGAUGGAGAAAGAUGUUCGCUUUAAAGUCCUGAGCAACCAUCACCUUCAGAUCCGUGGCAUAAAGAAGACGGAUGAGGGCUCAUACACCUGUGAGGGUCGCCUCAUGGCCCGCGGCGAGAUUGAUCUGCGGGUCAUCAAGGUCGUGGUGAACGUGCUCCCGACCAUCAGGGUAUGGCAGUCAGAGGUGAAUGCCACAGCAGAUGUCUCGCAGCCUGCCAUGUUGACUUGUGCUGCCGAUGGCUUUCCUGAACCCAUGGUGACAUGGACAAGGGGUGAGGUGGUUCUCGACGCAGGAGAGAAGUACAGCUUUAAUGAAGAUGGCUCUGAAAUUACAAUAAUGGAUGUUACCAAGCUGGAUGAAGGAGACUACACAUGCAUUGCCAAGAACAAGGCUGGGGAAACUGCGCAGGAGCUCAGUCUCAGAGUGUUUGUCAAACCCAGGAUCACAUUCAUCGUGAACCAGAGCACGUCAGAGAUGGAGGAGCAGGUAACUUUGACUUGUGAGGCUUCAGGUGAUCCAACUCCCACCAUCAACUGGAGCUACGGCGAGCGCGACUUCACCGAAGGAGAACAGGCACAUCUAAACAGGAUCUAUCAGGCAUCAUGGACUCGGCCUGAGCAUCACAAGAGUCUGGAUGGGAACGUGGUGGUGAGGAGUGACGCCCGUGUGUCCUCCCUCACUCUGAAGUACGUUAAGUAUACAGAUGCCGGCUCGUACCUCUGCACAGCAACCAGUGCCAUUGGAGAGGAUAGUCAGUCGGCAUACCUGGAAGUCCGCUAUGCCCCUAAAUUACUUGGUGAAGUAGCAGUGUAUACCUGGGAGGGGAAUGCAGUGAAUAUCAGCUGUGAGGUCAAAGCUCAUCCCAGUGAUGCGUCCAUCGUUUGGCUGAGAGACCGACUGCAGCUGCCCAACUCCAACACCACCAACAUUAAGAUCUUCAGGACUCCAUCAGUCAGCUUCCUGCAGAUAACCCCGGAGUCUGAAAAUGACUUUGGGAGCUAUAACUGCUCCGCCUCUAAUGAGAUGGGCACAGAGUCCAAGGAGUUCCUGCUCAUCCAGGCCGAGGUUCCGUCGGCUCCGUUCGUCAGUGAGGUGAGACCCUUCUCCACUUCAGCACAGAUCCAGUUUGCAGAGCCCGAUUCCACCGGAGGAGUUCCUGUCCUGAAGUACAAAGCGGAGUGGAGGACGCAGGGCCGGGGCAGCUGGGCUCAGGGGGUCUACGUGGUGGAAGAUGGCUCCAUCAGUGAGGUGACCAUCACCGGCCUGAAACCAGAGAGCAACUACGAAAUGAAGUUGUCUGCCAUCAACGGAAAGGGUGAAGGUGAAAGCAGCCCGGCCGAGUUCUUCAAGACGGAGCCUGUCCACGGCACUUUUCGUUUUUUCACUGAAGACACAGGGAAACCCAACCCUCCUAAACUUGAGGGGGCUCUUCAACCUAAAGGUAACUCGCUCAGAGUCGGCUGGAUCAAGCAAGACGACGGUGGCUCACCCAUCUUACAUUAUCUCAUCCGCUACAAACCAAUACAAGCGUCAGAGUGGAAACCAGAAAUCCGACUACCCAGCGGCAGCGACUACGUGGUCCUCAGCAGCCUGGAGUGGGACACAGAGUACAAUGUGUAUGUGGUGGCAGAGAAUCAGAAGGGCAAGUCCCAGCCAGCCAGCAUGUCCUUCAGGACGUCCACGCAGCCAGAAGCCAUCCCAGAUAUGGGUGAGGAGGCAGCGCUCUCCAUGGGCAUCAUGAUCUGGGCAGGGAUCCUUGUUGUGGUGUUUCUGCUGCUGCUGCUGGCGGUGGACGUCACCUGCUACUUUGUCAACAAAUGUGGCCUCAUCAUGUGCCUCUGCGGCAAAUCUGGCACCGGGACCAAAGGACACAACCUGGAGGAGGGCAAGGCAGCGUUCGUGAAAGAUGAGUCCAAAGAGCCGAUAGUGGAAGUCCGGACAGAGGACGAGUGCACAGCCAAUCACAACGCAGCAGGACCCACAGAACCCAAUGAAACGACACCUCUCACAGAGCCAGAGCUGGCGGCUUUCACUGCUGCUCUGGCACUGGAAACCCUCUCGUCCGUAGCCACCAACUCUGACACGGCCACUGCAACAAUUGACCCUGCUCAGGACAGCCCCUCUAGCGAGUCCACUACCCUCACUUUUAGCCUGUCCACCCCGGCCAACGACCCCUCACCCACCCCCAUCAGGGCCCCGGCCCCGACUCCAGAGUCAAAUGCGACCCCGCUGGCCCCUAUACUCUUCACGGCUGCCAUUGAGGCUAAAAUGGCCCCGUUAGUAGAACAAAGACGAAGUUACCCCCCGGAAGAACAGGAGAAAAUACCCACCCCACCUUGUAGCCCUGAAACGCCUAAACCUCAAAAAUCUGGGACACCAAUACCACCAAAACGUAGACACUCUCCCAAACUUGCCGCACUGAAUGCUAAACGUAGCCCCCCUGUAUCUCCACUAGCCACGUCCUCCCCGGCAUCCUCCCCGGCAUCCUCACCCGCUCCCGACACCAAGAAAAAGGCUCCGAGCCCACCGGUCGCCAAACCCCUGACGAAACAAGACCCAGUAGCCUUAGACACCGAGACACCAGCGCAAACUGCCUCCGCCCGAGCAAACACUGCCCCUCCAAAACAAGACACUGCCCCAGAUGCCAGUGGGCGUAGCCUUACUGCCUCCGACACCAACAACCCCUCCGACCAAAUUGUUGAGAGCAACACACCCACUGCCAAAGAUGCUGCAACCAGCGUUCCCUCAGUGAGCCACACUGCUCCUAAUGCUGAAGAAUCUGCUCCUCUAGUUGCAGAAGUCCCCUCUCCUCUUCCUGUUACUACCAUUCCUACCCCUGCCCCCCCUAGUCCCCAGGUGCUGGUCUCCAAUGAUCUCCACCCAGCGCCCUCAGACAUGUACGACUUACUAACCCCGGACAUGGGGCCCAGAUUUAGUGCAGAUUUCGACUUAGAGCUGACUAAUGGGACAGAGAGAAGCUUCCUCCCCCCCGCAGACCUAAUAAGCUUAGAGAGCCCGCCCUCUGCCCCCUCUCUGCCCAAUGGAGACGGCGCAGACCUCCCCCCCUCAGGCCCAGUUCUGGACGCAUCAGAGACUCUGGCCAAGACUGCUCCUGUCAACGAUGAGAAGCUAUUUUCCGACGAGAAAGUCAAACUGGAGGAGGCAGGAUUUUCAAACGCCCUGACAGAGAUCGCUGCGGAACACAACAGUGUCAUGCAGACAAAAGCCACCGAGAGCAAAGCAUGAUGGGCCGGGGGAACAACCCCAGCCCGGUUCCAAAACAUUCUGUGGGGCAGCAGCAGCAGCAGCAGCAGCAGCGACGAGCAAGAACCACUGCAGGAGUUUUGAUUUCCAGUGCCCUUAACUACAUAUUCAAAAACACACAUGUCGACCGGUUAGAGUGCACUUUUACUGUGCUUUUAUUUCUGAAAUGUUUACGACACCGAAGGAGUUUUAUCUUUAGUUCCUAAGAGAUUUAUUUUAUUUUUUUAUUCUUAUUCUAUUUAACCAGUCCGGAUUGAAGGAUGAACAAUCUCUUAUUUUAACGUUCGCCUGGUAAAUAUAUGAAAUUUGACUCUUUCUAUUGUGCUUACAGUUUAAAUCGUCAUUACACACAUGCAUCUGAUUAUUAUGGAGAAAUGUAAAAAAAAAAGGAAAAAAAAGACUAUUAUGUAUAGAAAUUAUUUUUCUUAUUUUAAUGUUCUACUGCUCAAAUGUAAAACUGUUGCAUUUUUAUUUUUGUUUGACCUUUUAAUUUGAGGGCUAGUCUCGUGAAUUGCUUGUUCUGCAUGUCUGAAGUGGUUGUAAAAGUUGUUUUGUUUACGAGGUUUAUUGUUUCACUCUGUGUGAUACAGGAUGUUUCAUCUCCAGAAACACUGGCAUCAAUCAAACAUAGGCUCGAGUUCAACGAUUGGAUUAAAUCCAUAUUAGCUACGGUGAUAAAAAUGCAAGAUUAACCCAGAGCCGGCUGCGCGGGGGGGGGGGGGGGAAUAAUCCCACAACACGUUGACGGUUUGGCCCAUUUUACAAUCAAAUUUAUUCAGUCUGUCACUGCCUUCCCACAGCGUUGCUUCCAAAUAUUCAUUAAUGAAAUGUAUUUGUAUUAAAUGAGGCAGCUCAGUGAACGCAAACAUUCAGAGAAAAACAAACAGAAAAGUGCUGGUUCUCCAUCGGGGUGGAGGAGCCCUGAGCCGAGUGAAUGUCUUGUGAUCUCCAGCUAAAUAUAUAAGCCACGUUAUUUGUUUUCGGGGGGAAACGACUUCCACAGCGAUCACUUCCUCCUCACGUCAGAACACAACAGAGCUGCGGCUUCGUGGAGUCAACUUGUGCUUUUAAAGUGGGAAAAAAAUUUAACAAGGACUGAAAAGCACUUUUGUACUAUUUAAAAAAAACUACAGAGAUUUCUUUCUUUUUUUCAUUCCUGCCUGCAAGCUUGUGCACUGUGCCUGUGUGUCAGUAGAGCGUCUCGUCAUCAGUUUCUAUGAUAACCUGUAUAGCUUCGUCGUGAGAGAUUUAGCCUUUUUUCUUUUGAUUUGGUAUAUUGUAUUAUUAGAAGAAAAAGUAUGAUAAAUGGACUAAUGUGGUCAUUAUAACACGUGUAGUGUAUGAAACUGUCCGUCUCUGGUCACAGCACUUCUAUAUAUUGCCAGCUAUAGUGAAGGGAGGUGUUUUUGAGCCUUGGCAUGAAUUCAGUGAGUACUUUAUAACAUAUAACUACAAGGCAGAUAGACGUGCCUGUGUUUGUUUGGGGCAAAUAGCUCUCAUAUUGAUUUAAUGAGUGUUACCCUGUGGGGCUUGUUCUGGCAUAAAUACACAGUUUUUUUUAUUUCUCUCCCCAGUUGUUAUUCAAGUGUUCUUGUAAUGUGGUCUUUGAAUUUCUCUAUUCUUUUUUUUUUUUUUUUUUUAAGUUUUUGUCUUUUUGUACAACAACAAACAGCAAAAAAAACUAAAACAAAAAAAAACUAACUCCCUCACGAAGAGCGACUGCUUGACAUGUUCUGGAUCCACUGAGAGGAAGCAGGGUGGCCCCCCCCUCCCCAACAGAAGAUCAAACUUCUUUUUUUUUAAGCGUUAGAUAAUAAUAGAUGUAAUGUUAAAAGAAGCGCUGACAGAUUUGAGAUGUAUCAGAACUAAAUGACCUUGGACUCCUCUGCUGUUCCCACCUUGCUUCCCUGGUCUCUGGGUGCUCCUUUUUGUUUUAUUGGGUCCAACUCAGAGACGAUCUGUUGUGUACAGUCUGAGUGAAAAACCCCAUUUACAGAAUAAAAAGA